GACAAUAUGAUUGAAUGGGUUAUCUGUAUACUGGCAGGAUUUUUGGUUUACAUCUUAUUUUUCCGGAAAAUUAACUAUGUACAGACUUCAAAAUACGUAAUUGAACGCGGAAAAUAUUUCAAAAGACGUAAAAUUGGUGACUUGCCGCCAGUUUAUCCAAACGGAUGGUUUGGAAUUCUUGAAAGUUCUGAAUUAGCUAACGGUCAAGUCAAACAUGUUAGCGCGCUUGGUGAAAAUUUUGCGGUGUUCAGAACUCAAAAAGGUAAAGUUAGUAUCAUCGAUGCAUAUUGUCCACACUUAGGAGCUAAUAUGGCAGAAGGUGGUAAAGUUAAAGGCGAUUGCAUCGAAUGUCCAUUUCAUCAUUGGACAUUUAAUGGCGAGGGAAAAUGUAAAAGUAUUCCUUACUCGAAAACAGAUCCAUCGCGAAUGGAAACAAAAGCAUGGAAUUGUCGAGAAGUUAACGGGAUUAUUUUUGUCUGGUAUCAUGCGGAAUUGUCUGAUCCUGAAUGGGAAUUAGAACCGAUUCCUCAAAUUAUUGAUGGAUCUUGGCGGUUUCAAGGACGGAAUGAUUUUCAUAUCAGUUGUCACAUUCAAGAUAUACCAGAAAACGGUGCAGAUUGGGCGCAUCUUAAUGCAGUACACGGUCCAGCGAAAAUAAAAAAAACCCUUCCAUCACAAAUAAUUCGUCAUUCAUGGACCGGGACUGGAUGGCGCUGUCAUCAAUCCUCAAAGUAUAUCGAUGAUUUUAGCGGUAACAAAAAUCAACAAAUAGUUAACGAUGUUAAAUUGCACAUUAACAAUAUUAAUAUUAAUAGUAAUAAUAAAAACAAUAAUAUUAUUAAUAACCAAAGUAAAAAACAUUGUGCAGCAAUAAAUUUACAUCAUAGUUUAGUAUUAUUUGAAAAAUGGUCAAUUAUAAACAUGAAUGUAAAGGUAGAACAAAUAGGACCGGCUUACGUAGAAUUAUUCCUAGAUACAACAUUUGGUCCGGUGUGUAUAUUACAAACAGUUACACCAUUAGAGCCAUUAAAACAACGAGUUACACAUUAUGUAUAUUCACCAUUAUUGUUGAGUCCAUAUGCUAAAAUAAUAUUUUGGGGUGAAUCUUUUAUGUUUGAACGUGAUAUUGCUGUUUGGAACUAUAAAAAAUAUCAAAAAAAUCCAAAACUUGUUAAAGAAGAUCACACAAUUUCUUCUUAUAGAAAAUGGUAUUCUAAUUUUUACACUAACAAUAGUCCAACUUAUCAAUCAACACAAUCGUUGGAUUGGUAA